AUGGGCGAGCACAAUCCUGAUGGCCGCAAGCGAAGGAGAAUAGCUCCAAUCAAUCACACGCUAGCACCCUCGACAGCAUAUCCGCAGCUGGAAAACGCAGAGCCCAGUAGUGCGUAUAAUGCACCAUCGCAGGCUCCUCUCGGGAACUGGGACUACCUGGCAAAGUGGCAAGCUGAAGAUACCAGCAUAGUUGAGCUAGAGGACCUUGGAGAAGACGACCAUUAUUCUCACGUGGACAAUUAUCUUUCCGAGGUCAUGGAAGAGAUGGACCACGAAAGCGAGGAUCAAGACGACUCACCAGCUGAGGAUUCCACGCCCAGACCUAGCAAAUUGAGCAGUGACCGAGUCACCGAGAUCAUCAACGAAUGCAUCGAAGUAUACACGAAUGCCUGGGAGCCAGGUAAAGGUGAGACGGAGCACAAAUAUGAGACAGGAGAGAGCGAAGCACUCGUUGUCUAUGACACAGUCGCCAUGAGGAAAGAAGCACAAGCUGCCGGACGACAAGACGUACUAGUCGAAAAGUACCAACUAGAAGCAGAGUACUAUCGGCAACGCCUCGACAGGCUGUGUGACGAGAUUUCGAAGGAUCCGGGCGACGCAGUUGCAGGAGUCAAGAUGAAAUGCAGAAAUCUGGAGGUCACUGUGGAGCUAUUUGAGCGAGCGAACUGGCUUGCAUCCAUAUAUGAUGCAUCUUCAGAUGCCGACAGUGGCAAUGAACUGCGGGAUGGAGACUCUGUCGUUUCUAAUAACGCACUUCUACCUGCUACUCAGCUCUUCGGGCGGUUGCAGGGGCGAAGUUCGCCAUUUGAGGUUAUCGACCUUGGUACUCCUUCAGACUCGUCUGACCCCGAGACUGAUCAUGAAGUGUUGAAAGAUAGCUCUGCAAUGCCUGCACGAAGUAACGAAAGACGAGGGCAUGGUCGUCAGACUCACUCUCUAGUGCCAGAGCCCAUAUCUGCUGACAUCGUUGAGAUCCCAAGCCCUGUGGCGUCAGCGGUUGUGUUCACCACUAUGCGCCCAGGAACACCGCUUGGAAGUGCACCUGAGCACGCCUCCGUUGCCACUGUGAGCCGUUGGAGCUGGCCUCAGCUAACGGACACACAAGAUCGAAAGCGCGUCGUGUCCAAAGCAAUAUGCGACCUCAGCUCAACACAGAGAGAGAUGAUAAGACAGAGAUUACAGAAUGUCGGCAGAGCGAACAUGAUUCGAGAGAUUCCAGCUUGUGUCGACAUGCUUCUCUGCGGUGAUGCCAGGAUGCCGGGCGUCCUACCGCAGGAUUUGCCCAAGAUCGUUACUUUCACCAAGCUGUUUCUGUGCUGGUGGUUUUGCGGUAAUUACCUCUCAGAGGACCUAUCGAAGCUGCAACUCGAGAAACUGGCGAGAUGUCUGCGAAGAGAUUCGGCAGAUCCUACAACCUUCUGCGACUACGUCAGUACAGUUUUCAGCACGACCUUUAGCCAUGCAGCACUCAGCAAUCCGAUGCAGCCUUCGCAGGCUGAAAUUAUUGAACUAUCCGAUGACGACGAGCCACUCCCGCAGCCUUUACAAAGAUGA